AUGGAAAGGGAAACGGAGCGAAGUUUGUCAGAGAAGCUGAGCAGAGGCGAUCGAGAAGAUGUGAAGGUCAUCGAGUGGGAAGAAUUUGACCAUGAGCUCACGCGGCUAUGGAGUCUUUCUUCUGCUCUGAAAUCAGCCACGGAGAAGAAGCUAAGCCUGCAGCCCAAACUCGAGUCUCUUAUUCAGGUUAGUGCUGAAUCAUUGAGACGCAGUAAUGAACUUGAAGAAAUGCGUCAGAGGCUGGAAGCAAGAAAGUUGCUGGUGGAGAAGAUAUCAUCGGCCUGCAAAGUCACUGAGCAGGAUGUUAAAGAGAAAGAGGAUCAUCUCAGUACAGAAGUCAGGUCUUUGUUAGUAGGCGGCACAACGCUUUCCAUAGCUAAAAGCAAAUUGCAGGAAUCAAACUGCCAACUAGAAGGAGAAAGUGGUUAUGCACAUCUAAAGAUUGUAACGAAUAAGCUGAGAAAGAGGCAGCAGUACAUGGUAUCUCAAGUUUCAUUUAUCUAUCCCUUGAAGAUUGAGGCAGGACCUUCGCAAGACCAAGAACUGGAGUCACUCCCAGGUGGCAGUAGAUUAGGAACUAAGCCUAUGAGUCAAGGAUCCGUGAGAAUACUGGGGUUGCCUUUUAGUAUGGCCCCAUUUACAAAGAUGAGCUUCUUCACCGAUAAGAAAGAAGUUCAGAAGUCGGCAACCGCCCUAGGAUAUGUAGCUCAUGCCGUGUCCCUAUUAGCUCCUUACUUGGGAGUGCCUAUUCGUUAUCCUUUGCGACUUGGUGGUUCCAAAACAUAUAUACGAGACUAUGCACCGUACAUUGAGCCUUCGUCGUCAGACCUGUCUUCGAUUUCCACAUUUUGCCAAAACUCUAAAUUUGUAGAGUUCCCUCUGUUUCUGGAUGGUCAAGAGACAACUCGAGCUGCUUAUGCUGUCUUCUUAUUAAACAAGAACAUCGAGCAACUCCUGAACUUUGUGGGGGAAAGUAGUCUUGGACCACGUCAGGUUCUAGCUAACCUCAAGGAGCUAAUCCGAAUCAUCCAGUCUCCAGAUUAUCUAGAUUCCUGA